AUGAUUCCUCUUCAUCAUCAUCAACGAGGAAUACAAUUUUCAAAGAAUUAUUUCCUAUUUAAUUCCAUCAAAGCCUCCGAUGCUGACACUCCCUCCGACGAUGAUCAUUCAUUACUGGGAGCUAAAAUAGGGACGUUAUUGGGCCUUUUCAUAUUGAGUCUUGUUCUGGGUUUGUUGCCCUACAUUGUUCAUCAUUUAUCUAAAAUUGAGAGGCUUCGGAAAUUGAAAAAGACAUUGAACAUCAUUCAAUUAAUUUUCAUGUACUGCAAUUGUGUGGCGGCUGGUGCCAUUCUCGGAAGUGGUCUGACUCACUUGUUACCUGAUAGCGUGGAGUCUUUUAAUAAUUAUUUUGAAAUUUAUAAUAAUCAAACGAGUAGUGAAGUAGAAGUCUCAUCAUUUUCCUCCUCCUCAUCAUCAUUUCUAAAUCAUUAUUCGGGUAUUAAGGCUUUCGUUUUGGGAUUUGAUUCAUCAUCAUCUAGCAAUAAUUCCACCUUCACUCCCAUACCGGAAACCAUUACGGAAUAUCCAUGGGCCAUGAUGAUUGCUGGAACGAUUUGUUUGUUUUUAGUAGGUCUGGAUCGAGUCUUCUCGGAACACUCUCAUGGCUCCUCUCAAUCCUAUGAAGGAACACAUUCUCAUCAUCAUCAUCAUGAAGAAAACAAUUCCGUUCAGGUGGGAUCAAGUGGAAUGGAUGAAACUUCAACUCUUAUUCAUCAUCAUCACUCUUCAAUAACAACAUCCUCUGAAAAGAAUGAAUUCAUUGCGGAAUUAGUACUGGAAGAACAAAAAGCUCAACGUAAAUAUUCCUUCCUAGUCAAAUCCCUCUUGUUCACUUUUGCUAUUUGUGUGCAUUCCGUGUUUGAGGCUUUUGCAUUAGGUUUGGAGAGUGAUAUGAGUUCGUUUGUUUCAUUGUUUAUUCCCAUUGUCGCACAUAAGGGUUUUGAAUCUCUGACGACGGGAUUUAUUGUACUGAGAUAUACAUUGUGUCGAAAAGCUUUUCAAAUUUGGAUUUUAGUACAAGUGGCAAUUUAUGCAAUAAGUACACCUGUGGGUAUGGGAAUUGGAAUGGCCAUUAGUAGUGACUUAUCACUCUCGUACUACAUGAUUGCUGGAAUUAUUCAGAGCAUCGCUUGUGGAUCCUUUUUAUUUAUUGCAUGUUUUGAAAUUAUUCCAAGCAGCUUGGAAGAGAGUUCGACCAUUAAGGGAAGACUUUUCAAAAUGUUUUUGGUGGUUCUUGGAUUUGCAGUGAUGUGUAUAUUGGCUGCAUUUAGUUAA